AGGAGAGAAACUCCACACGCAGACAGUAACACGGCAGCGCCCGGGAUAACGUGAUUAGCGCUCUAUUAGGUCCGCUGCUGAGCGCAACUAGAUGCAGCGCAGGAAGCACUGCGAGGGGAGAGAGAGGAGGCUCAGUGGAAACGCUCCGUCCGCCUCAUGGAUCUUCUUUACCUUCUCUUGAUUUGCCUGAAGAAGUUACCCGUCCGCAGUGUUUUAGUGCCCUGGCACUGGAGAGGCGCCUUCCUCCUUCCUUAUCCAAGAUAAAGCGGCAUCUUGAAAAAUAUCCCUCACAAUGAGGAGGAAAAAUCCGGGAAAGUCUCAGAGGAGUUAUUCAGUCUCUUCCUCUCUUAGCUCUGCUGUGAGCCACUAGUUCUCUUCUUCCUGGCGGAUGAUAUCUGUUAACCUCAGGUGAACUCUCACAGGAAGUGGGCCAAUCUGCUAUCAUGGAAGAUGACAAUAACACCUUCCAGAACUUCUCCAGCUUGGCUCCUUACAGCCUACAGAUAGCUCUGCCAUUAAGCCUGCUGGUUGGCUUCAUGAUCCUAAUCAUAGUGUUUGGUAAUGUCCUGGUGGUCAUUGCUGUGUUUACAAGCCGGGCCUUGAGAGCCCCGCAGAACUUAUUCUUGGUGUCCCUGGCCUCUGCGGACAUUCUGGUGGCCACCCUUGUGAUGCCCUUCUCCUUGGCAAACGAACUAAUGGGAUACUGGUACUUCGGCGAGGUAUGGUGUGAGAUUUACCUAGCACUUGAUGUGCUCUUCUGCACCGCCUCCAUUGCCCAUCUUUGUGCGAUCAGCUUAGACCGAUACUGGUCCAUCACACAGGCCAUUGAGUACAACCUGAAGAGGACGCCACGCCGCAUUAAGUGUAUCAUCUUCAUUGUUUGGGUCAUCGCUGCAGUUAUCUCCUUCCCACCCCUGAUCACCAUGGGAAAAGACAACAGUGAGAAAUUCCCUGCAUGUAAGAUUAAUACAGAAAAAUGGUACGUUAUCUCCUCCUGCAUCGGCUCCUUCUUCCUUCCGUGCGUCAUCAUGGUGCUGGUCUACGUACGGAUCUACCAAAUUGCUAAAAAAAGGACACGGGCGCCACCUGGAGACCGGAGGCCAAAUGCUUUGUUGAAGCCACCCAGCACUCCUGUUGCAAACCAGAAGGAGAAUGGUGCAGGGGAUGUCAAGGAUCGGCUCUGUCACAAGAAGUUAAAUGGUGAGCAAGCCAUAGAGCUGCAGGAGGGAGCGGGAGGACAAAAGAAGGCAGAGGAGGUCAAAGGUGAGGUCAAUGGAGUGGACCUUGAGGAGUCAUCCUCUUCUGACCAUAAAGUGAACAAUCCAUGCUCCAUUAGAAAGAAAACAAACAAGGGGAAACCAAAAUUAAGACAAAUCAAACCAGGGGACUCCAACGUCCAAAAGCAAGAACCGAACACCAAAGGCAGCCUCUGGAAAGGCCGGCAAAACCGUGAGAAACGGUUCACCUUCGUCCUGGCUGUGGUCAUUGGUGUCUUUGUCAUUUGUUGGUUUCCCUUUUUCUUUACGUAUAUGCUGCAGACUCUCUGCGUGUCCUGCAACGUGCCUUCCACCUUGUUCAAGUUCUUCUUCUGGUUCGGCUACUGCAACAGUGCCUUGAACCCUCUGAUUUACACCGUUUUCAACAAUGACUUCAGGAGGUCCUUCAAAAAGAUACUGUGCAAGAGGGACACCAGGAGAUACGUAUGACUCCAGCUUGGUAUCUGUGUAUCUAAUAUAUAGUGCAUUCAUUGUAAAACAGUAUGCCCAUUGUGCAUGAACCUGCAGUGUGUGAUCACUCAGGAAGGUGUUUAUGUGCAGAAUCUUCCCUUUCAAUGCCUCCACCCAUCGCAGCUUUAACAAAAAGAUGGAGAUCACAGAGAAAACCACAGUAAGAUCAUAUUUUUUAUUGUAUCUGCCUUUUUUAAAGAGGCAAACAUAGUGAAGUUAUGGAUAUGUAUUGAAUUUGUAUGUUGUACUAAAUGAUUUGUCUGAGUAUUUGUCUAUUUUUGUUUUUUAUGGAAACAGUAUUGUGCUAUUUUGUAUAAUAUGGUGAUAAUGAUUACAAAAAGAUGAUGCUGGUGGACUUGUGGUAAAAAUGCAGACUCUAAAGAAUAAAUAAAGCUCAUUUUGUCUGAGAUGGUUUAAAAAAACCCAAAGGAACGAUUGGAGUGAUGAUUUCAUAUCAUUUUGAAUCUUCUGCUUUUAAAAGGGUUUGUUCAAACACUUUAAAACACACGCUGGGGGUUUGAGGAGAUGGAGAAAAGGACAGAGUACAGAAGAUGAAGAGACAGCAUUAGUUUUGUGGAAGUCAAAAAUGAGGCAUUCUGUUCUGGUGGGAGGUUUACUUUUAGUUAUCAGUGGAUAUUUCACAUUUCUAACUAUUGAUUUAAACAGCUCUUUUUGGGGAUCACUUGAUUAUUCAACCAAAAACUGGAAUUAUUUGGAUUUGGGCAAGAAGAUGAUGAUUAUUUUACAUUUCUUCAACCCUUGCAUCAUUUCGUUAAUUGGUCCUUAGCCAGCAUUAGUUUUUGAUACCUUUGGCAGAUGAUUGACAUCAUUCUGGCUGUAACUUUUAACCCUCUCUACUUUGCAGAAAUGGAUGAGUUUAUUUAUAUGUAUUGAUCUCCUGGCUGGGUUAUUGUUUUUUAAGCAUAGCCUAUAAAAAAAAACAAAAAAAAAACAUACAUAUUGCUUACAGGUGUGUAGCUAAUAGCCGUAUGCUAUGAGCAGUUUAAACUCAAGUUAAAUUCCUUGUCAAAUAAAGCUCAUUCUGAUUUUAAAAUAUGUUUUGUGUUGAAGUAGGUUACACUCCAGGGAGGAUUUUUUGAUUUUAUUAUCCUGGGAUCAAUGUUUGAAUGGAGAACCCAGUUGUGACCCUGUUUCAACUAUUUAAAUGUAGAUGUGAGGCAAAUUCAAGCAAAUGGAAAGUUUUGACAAUAUGCUGUGAUGUUUAAACAGUCCCACAGUAUGAUGCUGCCACCACCAUCCUUUACAGUUGGUACAGCAUUCUUUGGAUAAGAAAACUCGCUUUGGACUUUGUAAACAUAAAUGGCAUGCCUGCUAGCAUUAUGUUACUGCAAAAGAUCCAAUCGUAACUCUGAUGGAAUUCUAGGGACUUUGAUUAAGAAAUGAAUCACAGCCAGAAAACCAGAACAAAAUGCUGAACUGAUGGCCAAACAUGGUGGUGGUAGCAUCAAAUUGUUGGGCUGUUUCUCCUUAAAUCAGCUUCACCUGAAAAUGACCUCUUCACAGUUGAAAUGUACCCAUAAUACCUUAAAAUUUGUACUGAAAACUUGAACUGGGUUUUACUGCCACCCAGUAGGUUAAGGCUCAUAGAAAGUGAAGUAUAGCGUCCUCUCCUGCAGGGAGCUGCUGUCUCGAAAGGAGCACUGCAGACUUGCCGGUUUGUUUAAUCUGACCUUUUUGAUAGCCUAACUAGGUGUUUAGCACUUAAUGAGCCUGAAAAGAACAUGUGCAAAUGUUGUUUUGGUUCCCGGAUUAAUCCUGUUUAUGAUUAGAUGAAGGUCUUUUUAUUUAAUAUUUCUCUAAGUUUAAUGACAUUUGUUUUCUUUUUUUAUCUUCCCCUUUGAAGGCUUAGAUAGAAGGACUUAAUGAUUCAGCUUUGAUGAUGUAACUCAAAGACGUUAUGGUUCAUUUGCCGCUUUGUGUUGUUCAUCAGUAGGUAAAUAGGGACCCUGUCAAACCUGAACCUGAUCAACUGGUCUUUUUCUAUCCCUUUCUUUAUGCUUCCUCUUUUAAAUUCAGAAAAAAAACAGCAAUCUUUAACUGUUCAGUGAAUUCAAAGAACGUAUAGCUCCCCUGCAGAGGAGUUAUAUGUAAAUUGAUUCCUUUUUGACAGUCAAGCGGGCAAACCGCACAAAACUAAAUGGUCCCUCUGGGAGAUUUCAGUCAGUAUAGCAGCGCUUCAUCCUGAUGAGCCCAAUGUAUACUUAAAUUGAACUGUGUGCAGCGUUUCUCUUCAUGUUUAUAAAAUGCGAAAGCAUAGGGGGCUGGGAGUGUAAGUGUGUGAGAACGUGUACUCUGCACAUAUAAACAGAGGGGAUGAGCUCUCUGCAUGAACACGUUUGCAGUCGUGCUCAUAGAGAAUGCAUCGUUUGAUGGAUGUGGGAAUUUCUCUGAGUCCUCAGGAUGUGGUUUUUUUUUAUGAUUUUUCUUUUUUUUUGGGAGGGUGGUAAUUUAAGAUACAUUUUUGUAAUGGAGCCUUGACAAUAGCCAAGAACUAAUGGUCAGCAACAUUGUCUUCAGCACAUUAUGGUUUGGUCCUUUUCCACUGGAGAA